AGGUGGUAUACAUAAUCUGUAAUUCAUAAAAGAUGGCACAAACGGCUGUGAAAAUUUUAUUGUUCCAGCCCCACUGGCUGGGUGCUUUGUGAAAUGAUGCACUAUUAUACUACAGUAGAUUAAAGUGGAGACUGAUUGGGAACCCCCUUCUGCACUUGGGAGUAAUUCUAGGGUUGGAAGAUGAUCUUUAUUCCCCUGCAUGCAAUAAGAUUCUACAACAUUAGAACGAAUUUAACAUUCAUAAAUUAUGUGAAGAGGGAAAAAGAAAGAUGUAAAAGUGAUGCAGGAGAGUUUUAGGUGCAUGUCGAGACCAUAAUGCAUAGCAAAAAAAACUUUUACGUAACUGCAUGACCAUGUCGAUGUGGAUUACAUGAUCAUUCAAAAUAGGAAAAACUCGCUAGCUAAAGAUUGAAGACCACGUAUGGUGCAUGAUCAUGCCUGUAAUUUUUCAAUUCAUAUUUGAUUUUAAUUAGGAUUUCUUUUUAUUUUAUUUUAGGAUUUUAUAUCCCUGUAUAAACAACAUUACGAUGUAACAUAUGAUGACUUUUAAUUGCAAAAAAACGUAAAAAGAAGUUUUUGACUUUAUCUUUUUCUUGUGAAUUUAAGAAACCCAUUGUGAAUUCAAGAUUUUAAGUUUAGGAUUUCUCGUGCAAGUCUUUUUAGGAUUAAUGCUUGUUUUUCUUAUGAUUCCGUGUCUGUUUUUCUUACAUUUCUGUAUUAUUAGAGUACGUACUUAAAAUUUGGUUCCGGUCCGACCCCAUUUAUAAUCUGAUAUACCCCUGUUAUUAGAUUUAUAUAUUCGUUUUGAUUCGGUGUUUAAAAAAAACAAAUUGCCUCACCCGAUUGAUCCAUCAAUAUACAAGGAGAGAGAUCAGUGUAGGGUGAGCAAUUAUCGAAUUCCAUUGGUAGACAGCAAACCGCGUUGCGGGGGGCAAAGACGCAUUCUUCUGUCCUUUGAGUUUUGAUUACAUACAGAUAUGGAGGAGUCAAUCAGAUGCGAUAGCUUUUGUUUGUUUGACUGUCGUGUCAAUUUCAGUUGUUCGUAGUGUUUGGUGCGGAGGGCAGACCAGAGCAUUUAAAUAAAGAAAUUGAUGACACUAACAAGCCUAAGGAAUAUCUAUACCCAAUGCUUUAUUUUUUAAUUAUUUCGAUAAAUAUGGGAAUUGAUAGUGUGUGUUCACAUUGGUUUCACACGCCGAAAGGCUUUUGUAACAUUGUUUACUUAAAUAAUUUUGUAGGACACCGGUUCGCCUCUAAUUUGUAAGUCUUAUAAGCCUACAUUGUCAAAAAAAAGAAAAAGAAUAAGUCAAUUAGUCAGAUACUACAUUUUUAGAUAAUUAUGAAUUAAUCAAUUAAGAACACAAAUCUGUUUUGAAUACCUUCUGAAGCAGACAACUGUCUUUGUUUUUACAUUGAAAGACACAUCACUUGCACUCCCGGUCAUAUAUAUAUAUAUAGGGUCCUACUCUGGUAUAAACCAUCUUAGCGUACAAACUACAAACUAAAAUUAAAAAGUCUCUAAAUCAAAUCGAAAUAUAGCACAUAUGGUAUGGAAAUUGAUCGUUGCGAGAUGAACAAAAAUACAGUGAAGUCGGAUUUCAAAAAAAGUUCACCGAUUAACGGGAAAAUUCAAAUUAAAAACGGAGGGCAAUCUGCGGAUCAUGUGUGACAGGAUGUAUAUUAACUGGUGUGUGGUUGCCUCUGCGGGGCCAUUGGAUUAGAUUCAUCCAAGGGCUUAUAUUGAGUUUGUAGUUUGUACACUAACUUAGUUUGUAUUUGAGCACUUCCCUAUAUAUAUAUAAUAAGUACACUUUAAUGAAAAUCAUAUUAACCAAAAUUAUUACGAAAAUGAAAAAUUAAUGCAAUAAUUUGGUUUUGAUUUAUGUUGAUUUUUAACUUCAAUGUUGUAUUCUAUCCGUCAACAUGAACGAUCAUUUUCUUUGACUGAGAAAUUAUAGCCGGAAGACACUUGUCUUUUAAGUUGAAAGACACUUCUCCUUCUAGGUUUAAUUUUUAGCUGGACGAGAUAAUAUAUCCUGAUUUUUGGAUCGUUCGGCCAAAAAAAUGAUAGCGGGUUAGAAGGAUUUCUGGCCAUCUGUCAUCUUAUAAAUAUUAAAUACUUAAAAUUUUAAUUUUAAUAAAAAUAUAUAAUUAAUAUUAUAAAGGAAAUUAUACUAAUAAGAAUUAUUUUUAGUUAUAUACCAAGUAAAAACACUAUGAAUUAAAACUUAACUAACGGCAGCAGCCGGGAAGGGGCAUUGUAGUAAAUGUACAGAGCACUAGCAAGUAGUAACGUCCUCACUUAGCUAGCUUAGUUGCUACUUAUAUUAACAACCCUCCAUCUCCAAAAAACAAGUGAAACUCGCAUUUCACACCGAGUUAAACUCGCAUGCCAGAUAUGGCCGUCACCGAUUUCUUCGUCGGAGAAAUCGCCACCGAGCUUCUCAAAAUGCUCUUCACAAUCUCUCGAAAAGCAUGCAUGUCUAAACCAGCCGCUGAGCAUCUCAUAGAGACAAUCCACCAGCUCCUCCCCAUCAUUCAAGAAAUCAAAUACUCCGGCGUGGAGCUCCCCGAAACACGCCAACACCAACUCGACACUGUCUCGGAGUCUCUUCGAUCAGGCCGAGAGCUUGCGGAGAAGGUACUCAAGUCUAGCCGCUGGAAUGUGUACAAAAACUUGCAGUUGUGCAAGAAGAUGGAGAAGCUUGACAAGAAUAUAAGCAGGUUCUUAAAAGGGCCAAUGCAAGCUCAUGUGCUGGCUGAUGUUCACCAUCUCAGGUUCGAGACGGCGGAGAGGUUUGAUCGGAUUGAUCACUCGAAUAGGAGGCUGGAGAAGCAGCUUGGAGCUAUGAAGAUUGGGACAGGGUGUGAGGGUGGAGGGUGGUUGGAGGCAGCGGUGAAGAGGGGAGAGGAAGAUCAUGAGAUGUUUGAGGCCAGUUCGGUGAGUAUGGGUGUGGGGUUUCAAGUUGGGAAGAGGAAGGUCAAAGAGAUGCUUCUUGAGAGAGAUGAUUAUGCUGCUGUUGGGAUUUCUGGGAUGGGUGGUAGUGGAAAGACCACUUUGGCUAAAGAGAUUUCUAAAGAUGAUCAAAUCAAGAGUUUUUAUGGUAACAAUAUAUUUUUCUUGACCGUUUCACAAUCUCCAAAUGUGGAAGCACUGAAGCAGAAGAUUUGGGGAAGUGUAUCAGGAGAUGUAAAUGGUUUUAAUGAUGUGAUCCCUCAGUGGAAUUUGAAGUAUAAUUUCAAGUCUGUUGUAAGAAAUCUGAUAAUUUUGGAUGAUGUUUGGUCCCUCUCUGUUCUUGAGCAGCUUAUCUUGCGGGUUCCUGGGUGCAAAACUCUUGUCGUAUCUAGAUUUAAGUUUCCCCCUUCCAUUAUCAACUGCACCUAUGAACAGGAAUUGUUAAGGCAAGAUGAGGCCAUCUCCUUGUUUUGCUUCUCUGCGUUUCGCCAGACAUCUAUACCUUUUGGUACUAAUGAGAAACUUGUCAAGCAGGUUGUAGAGGAGUGUAAGGGGCUUCCCUUGGCCCUUAAAGUGAUUGGAGCAUCACUAAGAGAUCAGCCUGAGAUGUUUUGGACUAGUGCUAAGAAUAGGUUAUCACGUGGACAACCUAUAUGCGAUUCCCAUGAAAUACAGUUGCUUGAACGAAUGAAGUUGAGUAUCGACUACUUGUCAAGUAAGGUGAGGGAAUGUUUCAUGGACCUGGGUUGUUUUCCAGAGGACAAAAAAAUACCUUUAGAUGUUCUCAUAAACAUUUGGGUUGAGCUUCAUGACAUUGAUGAGGCGGAAGCAUUUGCAAUUGUUGUCGAGCUUUCAGACAAGAAUUUACUCCACCUAGUGAAAGAUGAAAGAGCAGGGGACAUGUACAGUAGUUACUUUGAGAUAUCAGUUUCUCAGCACGACUUGUUAAGAGACCUAGCUAUCUAUCUAAGCAAUCGCAACAGCACAAAUCAAAGAAAGCGAUUGCUUAUGCCCAGAAGAGAACAGACGCUGCCAAAAGAUUGGGAGAGGAAUAUGGAUCAGCCAUUCGAUGCACAGGUUGUUUCAAUACAUACAGGUGAAAUGACAGAGAUGGACUGGUUCAAUAUGGAAUUUCCUAAAGCUGAAGUUCUCAUUAUUAAUUUUUCCUCCAGUGAAUACGCCCUCCCUCAUUUCAUCGAAAACAUGCCAAAGCUCAGAGCGUUAGUUAUAAUAAACUAUAGCUCAUCAAGCGCAGUCCUUCACAAUACAUCAGUGUUUUCAAAUUUGGCCAACUUGACAAGCCUCUGGUUCGAAAAAGUAUCUGUUCCUCAGCUACCUUCUGCCACAACUCCCUUCAAGAAGUUGAGAAAGAUAUCACUAGUCCUGUGCAAGAUAUCCCCCAGCCAUGACCAGUCUAGUUUAGACAUGCCCCAUCUAUUCCCUCGACUCGAAGAGCUAACAAUGGAUCAUUGCAUCGAUCUAAUCGAGCUGCACCCCAGCAUCUGUUGCAUCAAGAAGCUCAAGAGCUUGAGUAUUACCAACUGUGACAGUCUUACUAAACUUCCCCUCGAUAUAGGUAACUUAAAGUUUCUGCAGAUCUUAAGAAUUAAUGCAUGUCCGAAUCUGGACAAGCUUCCUCAAGGUAUUUGUGAGCUGACACAGCUGAAGUACAUCGACAUUUCCCAAUGUAUCAACCUGAGGACCCUCCCUCAGGAGAUCGGCAAAUGGAUAUGCCUGGAAAAAAUCGAUAUGAGAGAAUGUCCACAGAUAAAGGUUCUACCAAAGUCCGCGGUCUCACUACGAUCCUUGCUCCGGGUAAUCUGCGAUGAGGAGAUCUCCGUGCAAUGGGAAAAAUUGUUAAAGGUUAUACCAAAUCUCUAUGUUCAGAUUGCAGAGGAAUGCUUCAACUUAGACUGGCUAGCUGAGUAAAUAUCACUUCUUGUAUAUCUGUAAAUAUAUAAUCUAAUGAAUUAGCCAUAGAUAUGUUGUUUCACUAAUAAGUCAUGUUAGGCAGUCAGGACUGUGACUGAUCUACUAGAAACUCGAAUCUAGGAUUUAUUUAUUAAUAAUUAUUAAUAUUAAUCCAAAUGGUUGUUAAUUUA